CCACUCUGUAUUUUGUGAGUUUGUAUUGUUGUCAGUGCACUAAUACCAGCUACGUGUCUGUGUAAACUGUGAAGUGCCUACUUUAGAAUAUAUUUCAAAUUCAGUGUUAAAAAAGUGCACGUUUAAAUCAAAGGGGUUUAUGUGAACUGUUACAGGUGUUUGUCCUGAGUGCCAUUUAUUUCUGCCAUAAAAGAAUGGACAGGCUUUUGUGCCUCAAUGUUGAAAAUAUGGUUAAUUUUGUUUUCCUGACAAGCUUUCUUAGCUGCAAAAGAGACACACACAUCUUAAAACUGGUUUACUGGACUGACAUCGGCCUUUAAGUGGUUUUGGGCCACUUAGACAGGAUUCCUGUUAAACACUGGCUAUGCCAGGCUGUAAAACCAUCUAAAACCAGUUAAAAACAUUUAAAAGAACAGCAAUUUUUAUUUUUUGUCAGCAGGGUUGUCUAAUGUCUACUAAUUGCUGUUUUAGCCUUGGUUCAGUAUUGUUUAUCAUUGCAAGAUGAAUGUUUUUAAAGCUAUAAUGUGACUAUAAUAUGUUAAGUACAUACGAGGUAUUUCUAAAUAAAUGGCAGCAAUGAACUCUGAUACUGGUUUUGCACUCUGUCACCUAACGUUAUCACUCCCGCUAUAAUACCUCCAGGGAACACGUGACUGAUAUUUCGAAGAAAUGAAUGCAAGGAUUUUCCAACUAUAUCUGAUUUCCCACGUGCUCCUUUCCAGUUGUUGAUCUUGAAAACAAGCAUACCUUUAAUAUAUUUUGAGAAAGCUGAUUAACCUACAGUGUUACUAUAUUUAUCUUAAAAGCGAAGAAGAAGCAUCGGAUAUUUAUCAUUUGUUAACUGGUCAACAUGAAAAAGCUUACUGCCGUCGACUUGACUAAACUCGUCAAAGAUUUCACCCAACUGGAGCAUAAAAUUAUAGAGAUGAAAGGGGAAAAUAAUACUCUUGAAAUACAACUGGACGAGACCAGCAGACUUCUAAAAUUCUCACAAAACAAGGAGAAACAGUUAAUUGAAGAGAGAGAUGGGCUUUUGGAAACUGUCAAAGGUCUGCAGCAAACCUUACAUCAACAGUGCGACCUCAGAGUUGAAAAUGAAAGUCUGAAAAAUGCAGCUCUUCAGAUGAAAAAAGAAAACGAAGCUCAAUUAAAGGAAAGCAAUACUAGGCUUCAGAGGAUGGCAGCUGAGACGAAAGCCCUACAAGAUGAACACCAGAGGGAGUUAGAAGACUGUGAUAAAGAAACACAAAGGAAACUGGAUGCUAAAGAUACUGAACUGAAAGUGGCUCAUGAAAGAUAUGAAUGUGCUUUGGAUGAGAUGAGAAGGCAGAUGAGAGAGAAGGAGAAAGAAAUCCAAAGCCAAAUCGUUAAACUUCAAAUGGAGUUUGGUGCUAAGCUUGCAAGGGCCCAGAGCAUGUCCAUAAAGAGUCAGCCGCAGACACAAGCAUCUGCUCCUCAUCCACAGAAUAUCUUUAAAAGAAAGCUCCAGUUCAUUCAGGAGGAGAAAAACAAAGAGAUUGAGGUUCUGCGUCAGAGGGUGAGAGAGCUGGAACAGCAGAGCCUUCACGGAUUGAUGGACUCUCGUCUGAAGAGGAGGAAAAUCUGAGACUUAUUUUGAUCUGACCUUUGAUACGUGAGGGCCUUCAUCCAACUGUUUGACAGUUGGAUUUAUUUGAAAACACAUUUCCCUCAGAAUAUGUUCUAAAUAUUUUUCAGUCAGGUUCUGUUGUGUUCUUAAUUCCAGUGUAUGUGUUUAUUGCCUUUACACUAUAAUAAAUUAACACUUCUAAACAUAUAACUCUGAAUACUUUGCUAUAUGAGAGGUCAUUCAGAGAGGAAGGAUAUGGCAGGUGACAUGGAUUUCUAGGAGAUUAUGGCUCGUGUGCUUUUGCAUUGGACACCUGUAAACACAAUUACAUUUUCCAGAUAAAGCUUGUAAUCUCAUCAGUAGAAACGGCUGGUGCCUUCUUCAAUAACACACACAUGCACAUGCUCCCAAUACACUCUUAUGACAUCAAAUACUUCGAAAAUGCUGGUUCAUUCAGAGAAUUGGACCACUGAAAUUAAUUAAUGUUAAAGUACAGUUUAAAUCACUCAGCAGCUUAAUAGUUACAACAAUUUAUUUAAAAUAAUUUGUUUCCAUGCAGAAAUUAUUGCAUGCAACAUUAUCGGUGCUAUUUUAGUAAUAUGAAUUAGUUAAUUAUGGU